AUGACUAAUUUUGAUGUUAUUUCGGAAGAACUGAAAGUUCUUGAGUUUUGGAAAGAAAUUGAUGCCUUUAAAACAUCUUUAAUGCUUUCAGAAGGGCGCAAACCGUUUAAUUUUUAUGAUGGACCUCCUUUUGCUACAGGACUCCCACAUUACGGUCAUAUUCUUGCGUCUACUAUUAAGGAUACAGUAACUCGGUAUGCACAUAAUACAGGACAUUAUGUUGAGCGCCGAUUUGGUUGGGAUUGUCAUGGUUUACCUGUUGAGCAUGAAAUAGAUAAAAAGCUCGGGAUUAAUGGAAAAGAUGAUGUAAUAGCAAUGGGAAUUGAAAAGUAUAAUAAUGAAUGUCGUUCUAUUGUUAUGAGGUAUUCUUAUGAGUGGAGAAAAAGAAUUGAAAGAUUGGGUCGUUGGAUUGAAUUCGAUAAUGAUUAUAAAACACUUGAUACUCAAUUUAUGCAAUCUGUAUGGUAUAUUUUUAAAAUGCUCUAUGAAAAAAACAGAAUAUAUAGGAGUUUUCGAGUUAUGCCAUAUUCUACAGCUUGUACGACGCCUCUUAGUAAUUUUGAAGCUCAACAGAAUUAUAAAGAUGUUGUUGAUCCAUCCAUUGUUGUAUCAUUUCCUUUAAUACAUGAUCCAUCUACAUUAUUGCUUGCAUGGACUACGACUCCGUGGACAUUGCCAUCUCAUCUUAGUUUAUGUGUGAAUCCUGAUUUUGAAUAUAUUAAAAUACAUGAUCAAAGUUCUCAGAAAAAUUUUAUUUUAUUAGAGAAUCGUUUAGGAGUUCUUUAUAAAGAUCCCAAAAAGGCUGGAUUUGUUAAAUUACAGGUUAUUAAAGGUAUUGACAUGAAAAAUUGGGAAUAUGAUCCUCCCUUUUAUUAUUUUUAUGAGCGUUUCAAAGGAAAAGCAUUUAAAGUUGUUACUGCAAAAUACGUUACUUCUGAUAAUGGCACUGGAAUUGUUCAUCAAGCGCCUGCAUUUGGUGAAGACGAUUACAACGUAGCUAUUGAGAAUGGAAUUAUUGACCAAAAUAUUCACCCUCCUUGUCCAUUAGAUGAAAGAGGAUAUUUUACUUCUGAAAUCACUGAUUUUGCUGGAAUGUACGUUAAGGAUGCAGAUAAAGCUAUACAGAAGGUUCUUAAGGAGAAAGAAAGACUAAUUGUGCAAACUCAGAUAGUACAUAGUUAUCCAUUUUGCUGGAGGUCUGAUACACCUCUUUUAUAUAGGGCUGUCCCAUCAUGGUUUGUAAAAGUUAAAGAAUAUACAAAAGAAAUGCUAGAUGCUGUCGAAAAGACUACAUGGGUGCCAUCAUUUGUUAAGGAUAAACGUUUUACCAAUUGGAUUGAAGGUGCUCGUGAUUGGAAUAUUUCUCGAAACCGCUAUUGGGGAACACCUAUACCUCUUUGGGUCUCUGAUGAUUUUGAAGAAAUUGUAUGCGUAGGCUCAAUUGCUGAACUUGAAGAACUUUCUGGAGAACGCAAUUUGACUGAUAUCCAUCGGGAUAAGAUAGAUCAUAUUACUAUACCUUCUAGAAAAGGCAAAGGUGUACUUAGAAGAAUCGAAGAGGUUUUCGACUGUUGGUUUGAAUCUGGAAGCAUGCCAUAUGCAUCUGUAUAUUAUCCAUUUCAAAAUCCUGAAAAAUUUAUGGAACGUUUUCCUGCUGACUUUAUCGCUGAAGGUCUUGAUCAAACUCGUGGUUGGUUUUAUACUCUUCUUGUUAUCGGUGUUCAGUUAUUUGGGGUUGCGCCUUUCAAAAAUGUUAUUGUAAAUGGACUAGUUCUUGCUGCUGAUGGCAAAAAAAUGUCAAAACGUUUGAAAAACUACCCGGAAUUAACUAUUAUUUUGGAAAAGUAUGGUGCAGAUGCACUACGAUUAUAUCUCAUUAAUUCUCCCGUUGUACGUGCUGAACCCUUAAAAUUUAAGGAAGAAGGAGUCAAGGAUGUUGUUACAAAAGUUAUAAUUCCAUGGUGGAAUAGCUAUAAUUUUUUUGAAAUGCAAGUGCGGUUAUUGAAGAAAUUAGAAAAUAUAGAUUUUGUGUAUAACCCCAACAUCGAAACAAGCGAUAAUGUGAUGGAUAUGUGGAUUUUGUCCAGUUGUCAAAGUCUUAUAGGGUUCGUCAAAAAAGAAAUGUCAGAAUAUCGUUUAUAUACCGUUGUACCGAGGCUUCUUAAACUCAUCGAAGAUAUGACAAAUUGGUACAUUCGAUUUAACAGGCGACGAUUAAAAGCAUGUUCUCAUAUUGGCAAUGGCUUUUCUAAUUCAUGUCUAGGGAGAAUAUGGAAAAGAUGA